AUGUCUUCAUAUAUAUUAACAUUAAGAGAACGUGGUGUCAUAGACAAAUUUAUGGUCAAGUGGAAUAUGACCACUAGCGAUGAUGCUGUUUCAACAAUGAAUGCUGCACAACAAUUUCAUCAAGCACAAGCAUUAACUCUAUGGAAUGUCGCUGGUGUAUUUAUCGUCACUGGAAUAUUCUCUGUAGCAAGUCUACUCUGUCUGCUGAUUGAGCGUUGGUUAUACUACUACCAUCAUCAGUGGAGAGUUUAGGGAAGACGAAAAAGAAGGAGAAGCGUGAUGACAAGGGAUACAUACCGACAGUACCAACAAUAACAAUACUAAUAAUACUAAUAAUAGUAAUAACAUAAAGGAUAAAUUAUGCGGAAGUCAAUAAUUCCAUUGGC